GCGGGGCAGAGCAGCAGGAAGGCCCAGCAGCAAGAGCAGGCCCGCCAGGUGGAGCGGGCUCAGCAGCCGGCCCGGCGCAAACGCCGCCCCGGCAACGCCGGCAGCCGCAGCCGCAGCCGCCCGCAGCGCAGUUCCCGCGCCAGCAGCUCCAGAAGCAGCCCGCGCAGCAGCCCCAUGAGCAGCAGGAGCAGCAGCGACGCCAGCCGCAGCUCCUGCAGCAUCCCAACGCACAGCAAGCAGCUCCCGCAGCUCAGCUCCAGCAUGGCGCCCGCGGCCCAGCCUCGAGAGGGCGCCGUGGCGAACCCGCGCGACAAGACCGCAGCGGCGGCCUCGCUCGACAGGGCCGCAGUGGCGGCCUCGGUGCAGGCGGGCGCCAACUUCGUUGUGGAUGCGCCCUGGCAUGGCGAGGCGUGGUCGGAGUGGUCGCAGCGCGCAGCGGGGGCAGCGCUCGGGGGGGCCACUCGGGAGUGGCGGCUGCAGCCCGCAGCGGCGGCCUCCGCGCGCAUGCCCGACUUCGCCGCG